AUGGGGGCUAUCUUCUCUACCAUCCGCCGGAUCUGUCUCGACUUGAGCGCCGUCAUCUCUGAGCUCAAUCAGACUAAACACUCUUUUGACUCGCUCCUUGCUCGGAUCUCAAGUGCGACACCUCCCGUGCCAAAUCCAUCCAUAUCCUAUUGGCAAGAAGAUCCACCAUUUCCCAACUUAGUUGCCGUCCAGUCUCCCGAUUUGCCGACUACGGCCGAUAUUGUCGUUAUUGGCUCCGGUAUCUCGGGCGCAAGUGUGGCAUAUACGAUCCUUACUCAGUUUGAUAAACGUGGGAUCUCCCCGGAAAUUGUCGUUUUAGAAGCGCGAGAUCUUUGCAGUGGCGCAACUGGAAGAAAUGGGGGCCAUAUGAAGUGCUCGCCGUAUGUAGAAUAUGCAGGGCUCAAGGCGAGAUUUGGAGUGGAACAUGCGAAGAAAUUACUUGGUUUUCAGCGUCGAAAUUUGGCCGCUAUCUUGGAUUUCGUGCGACGGAACCAAGCAUUAAAAGCUAGCGAGGCUCGAGAAGUUCAGACAGUGGAUGUUUUUACCGACGAAAGGAUGUGGGUUAAAGCGAAGAAAAUGGUGCAGGAGCUAAGACAAGAUGCCCCUGACAUGGCUGAAGACAUCGUGGUUCAUGAUGGCACGGAAGCGUGUGAAGAACUUCACAUCGACCCCCAGCACUGCUAUGGCAUCAUAACUUACAAGGCUGGGGCACUUUGGCCAUAUCGCUUCGUUACGUCUCUCUAUGCAUCCCUUCUUUCGACCUACAGCGCUACCUUUUCAAUCGAGACCAACACUCCUGUAACUGCUAUCCAAGUCAAUUCAGGUAAUGUCAGCAGGCCAUUCACUGUUCAGACACCCCGUGGACACAUAACUGCGGCCCAUGUCGUACAUGCCACCGACGCAUUUGCAGCGAACCUGCUCCCUGGAUUGAAGGGGAAAAUAUUUCCCGUGCGGGGACAUGUGACGGCUCAAAAUCCAGGAACUCUAUUUCCCAAGCUUGGCGGUGCUAGGUCAUGGAGCUUCAUCCACAGGCGCGGUUUCGACUAUGUCAGUCAGCGUCCAGGAACAGGUGAGCUUAUAGCAGGCGGUGGCUUGGUUCAAUCACCAGAAAAGGGAAUGGAUGAGUUCGGUAUUUGGCGAGAUGACCGAAGCAGCUUCGCUAUCCGCGCCUAUCUGGACGGUCUCUUGCCCACAAUGUUCGGGGUACACAACUGGGGGGCUGAUAUCGGUGCCAGGGUGAAAAUGGCCUGGACUGGCUGUAUGGGAUUCACGCCGGACCUGCUGCCCUAUGUUGGUAUUCUGGACCAGAAAAUCACCCAGCGAAAAGUCCCAACUGCGCGCUCGAGCAAAGAUGCAAAACACCCGGCAGAAUGGAUUUCCGCAGGCUUUCAAGGAGAGGGCAUGGUCCUAGCAUGGCUAUCUGGAGUCGCCGUUGGAUUGAUGUUGGUUGGAGAGGAUGACGAAGUCUUUGAACAGGCUCCAGGCAUACCAGGCGGAAAAAUUGGCGAGUGGCUGCCGGAAGAGUUUGCCUGCUCCAAGCAGAGGGUGGACUACUCAAACGUGUCUGAUCUUGCAACACUCCUUUAA